AUGCAAGAUGAAGAAACAUAUAUGACCUUGAAUAUACAGUUGAAGAAAAGAAGUUCUAUCCAAACAUUUCAAUUUAAAUGUCAAGACUGUUCUGUGAUGUCACACCGAUAUAAAAUCUUGUUGGGGAUAUCUGGAGGACUAAAUGGUAUUCUGGUUUUGACUUUGAUCACCUUGAGUCUGUUAGUUUCUCAGGAAGUGCUGCCAAAAUGCCUAAAAGAAUAUAAUUCAAACAUCACUCAGCAUGAUGAUACUGGAUACUUGGAAGUCAAUAGUAACACAAGAGGCAAUAUACAUGAGAAAGAUGCAGGCCACUGUGUUUCAAGAGCUACAGGUAAUAAAGGAAUGUGCUCAUCAGAAUGGCUGAAGUAUCAAGAAAAGUGCUAUUGGUUCUCUAAUGAGAUGAAAAGUUGGAAUGACAGUUAUAGAUAUUGUUUGGGGAAAAAAUCUCACCUACUAAUUAUUCAGAACCAACUUGAACUGGCUUUUAUACAGAAAACUCUAAAACAAUCAAACUACGUGUGGAUUGGGCUUAACUUUACUUCCCUGAAAAGAACAUGGACCUGGGUGGAUGAUUCUCCUUUGGAUUCAAAGAUAUUUUUCAUAAAAGGACCAGCUCAAGAAAAUAGCUGUGCUGCCAUCAAGGAAAACAGAAUUUACUCUGAAACUUGCAACAGUGUUUUCAAAUGGAUUUGCCAAUAUUAA